AUGGCUGCACAACAACAAGAACUAGAUGAGAAGAACCCAUUCUAUGAGUUAGUUGUCAUUUGUAGUACUUCUGGUCAAUUUGACCAAACCGUCAAUUCGUUCAAAGAUAUUAUAAAGAAGUCUAAGUUAGUAUGUAUAAAAGACUCUGAGUUGUUAGAUUGGAUAAAGAAGUACCAAAGAAGAGUUUUGAAGUAUAAUGCUAUAAAUGAGUAUAUAAAUUCUAAGUUUAAAGACCCAAAUGAGGAAAUGCAGAGAAUAUUAGAGAAGAAACACUUCAGAAACAAACAGAAAGAGAUAGAAUACAUUUCGAAGAAAUUGCAAUCUUACGAUUGGAAGACAUACCCUCAUAGAUGUCUUCUUAUCUUAGAUGACUUUGCUUCUCAUCCUUUGUUAAAGAAUAGAGAACAAGAUAUGUGUCGAAUUCUUAAGAAGCUCAGACACUUUAACAUCUCAGUUGUCAUUUGUGUACAGACAGCAAAGAGUUUAAGUAAGGAUGUUAAAAGAAUACUUACUGA